UUCCUUCCUCAACAAAACCAAUAAGAUUUUAUCAUUCUCUUCACUUUCUUUUCAAAAACCUUUAUUCUUUCAUGCUGUUGAAUACAAUGGUCUUUGAGGACCCUACCAAUUCCUUGAUGGAAGGGGUUUAUCCAUAUUCCAUUAUAGUUAAAUUAUUAAUAUAUAAACUCCAAAUUUCUUAUCAUACUCUCAUUUAACCAUAUCCCCUAGAUUGCUAUAUAAACCUCUUGAUUCUUUGUAGCCUUCAAACCACAGCCAUCUGAUCCCUCUUUUCAUAGUUUCAUCUCAUUUAUAUAUAGUUCAAACCACCCCAAGUAGUAAUAGUCUUUCACAUUUGGAAGGGUGGCAAAAACAGAAUUAACAUUUCGAGUUGUUUUUCGAUCACUCGGUUGAGAGAUGCCAGGAUUUGGUGUUUUCCCUCUUGGUAGCUGCUUUGAUGGGUGUAGAGACCAUGCUCAAGCGUCGGGAUUCGGCACUCGAAUAUGGAACUUGAGCGAUAGACCAGUAGAGCUGCAGAUAAGGGUGGGAUCGAUAUUGAAAAAAGUGCAUAGUUUGAAGCCAGGAUGCUCAAAGAGGUUGAAAUGUAAGAGUAUUUACAAAGCAUAUAUGCCAGGAAGAAGUAUGAAGAGCUUGCUUUAUUACUAUGAUGAAGCUUGUCAACCUUAUGUUUGGAUACAUGAAAGUGGAGGUGAUUCCAUGAGAAUGGUGAAGCAACAAUACGUCAGUCUUGAAGAUCUAAGGGAGUUUUCUGAGAUCAGAAUCUUUAGGGAUCAUCAACGUGGCUGCAUAUCGGUUCGUAAGAAACAGAGGCCCGAUUUUUGCUGAUUUUUACACUCAUAAAUGUUUUUGCCUUCAACCUUUGUAACUUCUAUAUGAAUGUUGUUCUUGUUUAUGAAGUCUGCAAUGUCCACUUGUCUUUCCAUGUUCUGUUUUUUCUUUGGAAGUGAACAAAAUCAGAUGACAUUGUUUUGGUGUAUUGCUUUAAACACCCAGAAUUCUCUUGCUGUAUUUGUUUCUUUCUUUUGCCUUCUCAGUCAGACUACUUGUAUUCUUAGUUUUCUUGAUUUCCCAAAUCGAACGAACAAACUUUAAGUGUGAUUAGUAA